GUGACCAACAAAGCCUUGCCGCGCGAGCACGGAUGUGUGUGCAAAAAUAAUUAUACUUUUAUUAUUUAUUAAAAAAACAAUAUAUUUAUUAAUAUUAUUUAUGUGCUUUGAUUGGAUGGCUAUUAACAAUGGCCGCUUGGAUAAUAUUUGUUAUCGGUUUAUUAAGCGUUUGGCAGGUGGGAUGCAAGAGGGAAGAAAAGUAUGAUGACUACUCUCUAAUAAAACUAUACCCAACAAACUCGAAACAAGUCGACGCUAUCCGAAGACUCGACGAGCCUGAACACAAGCUAAAGUUUCUGAAGAGGAGUCGAAGUUACAAUGACAGUACUGAUAUAUUGGUACCGCCUAGUGAGAUAAACUACGUACAGGACUUCAUUAAGACUGAGAACCUAGAAUACGAAGUGAAACCCAAUUAUGGAAGAUAUCUUGAGAGUGCCGAGAGGGUGCCAAAAAGGAGAAUUCUCAGAGGAUUCAGCAUCUUUGAAUAUCACUCAUUUCAAGCGAUUCAGGAAUACUUAGAGAAUGUUGCAAAACGACAUCCAGAUCUGGUGACGCUGCAGAACCUCGGCACGAGCUACCAAGGGCGGCGGAUGAAACUGGUCAAGAUAUCCUCGGAUCCCAACGCUAACAACCCCAUCAUAUUUAUUGAUGCUGGCAUCCACGCCCGCGAGUGGGUGGCGCCGGCGAUGGCUCUGUAUCUGGUCCACAGAUUGGUCAAUGACCCUGAAGCGAGGCAGGAGCUCGAUGGCGUCGACUGGUACAUUCUCCCCGUCGUCAAUCCUGAUGGAUACGAAUACACUCGCACUAGUCGAUCGAAUCGGUUAUGGAGAAAAACAAGAUCCAAAAAUAAUUUGGGCUGUUUUGGUGUGGACGGCAAUCGUAACUAUGGCUUCAAAUGGGCAGUCAGUGGUGUAUCCUCCAACCCUUGCGAUACUGAGACUUACGCUGGACCCAAACCCUUCUCUGAAGUCGAAACUGUGAUGGUACGAAACGUCAUGAUGGAAAACCGCAAUCGCUUAAAAUUGUACGUAUCCUUGCAUUCAUACGGACAGUAUUUAGUGUAUCCGUGGGGAUACACAGGGGACUUUCUGCCCAAAGAAUGGAAAAAGCUGGAUAGCUUGGCAAGGACUGUGUCAGAUGCUGUCCAAAGAGCUGGAGGGAAGCCUUUCAAGGUUCUGAGUGCUGGGAAAUGGUAUCCAGCGGCUGGUGGAAGCGAUGAUUUUGCUUAUGGAGUUAUAGGCGUUCCAUACUCCUAUACUAUGGAACUUACUGAUGGAUACGAAUUCUUAUACCCCGAAAGGUUGCUUCGCGUUGUCUUACCACAGUUCUUUGAAGGAUUCAGGGCGUUUGGAGCUCAAAUCAAAAAAGAGUUUUCACCGGAAUUAAAUGAUCAUAGGUAUAGGAUAACUGAAAUGGACAUCAGCUAAGUGUAUUGUGUGUAAUAUUAAAAAUUAAAUGUAAGAAUAAAUCAAUAAAAAUUAAUUAAUUUAAGUAAAA